GAUCAACGAGGAUCGAUUGGCCAGGUCUGGGUAAAGGGAAAUGGAAGUCUGCGGACGGGGAUAAGAGAUUGAACGCUGAAUGUGGAACUUUGUUUUGUCAGUGAGGAAAUACUUUAAGGGAAAUGUCUCGUUGGACUUUUUGUAUGUGUUCCCUUUCAUGCGCAUACCAUUAAUGGGCCAAAGACCUAGUAGAUACAGAUUUCAUUAUUGAUUUGAUCAGAUGAGCAGCUUCAGUCAGUGGAGUGAACAGACCGACAACAGCAACAGCCUCCAUUCCAGAGCUGCCUCUCCUCAGCCCAUGACUGCUGCACUACAGCAUGUAGACAGCAGUGCUUUCUCCUGGAGCUUUUGCAAAUGAAAAUGGAGGACGUGUCUCUGUCCAGUAUGGACAACAGUAAGAUGGAGGGAUUUGCUCAAGAGAUCCUGUCUGACCUGGUGGAAGAUGCCUGUUUAGGUCUUUGUUUUGAAGUUCACAGGGCUGUCAAACAGGGAUACUUUUUCCUGGAUGAUACAGACCAGGAGAGUAUGAAAGACUUUGAAAUCGUGGACCAGCCUGGAGUAGAUAUUUUCGGGCAAGUGUACAACCAGUGGAAAAACAAAGAGUGCGUGUGUCCCAACUGCAGCCGGAGCAUCGCCGCCUCACGCUUUGCUCCUCACCUGGAGAAAUGCCUCGGCAUGGGCCGCAACAGCAGUCGCAUAGCCAACCGCAGAAUUGCAAGCGGCAACAACACGAACAAAUCAGAGAGCGAUCAAGAAGACAAUGAUGAUGUAAACGACAAUGACUGGUCUUAUGGGGCAGAAAAGAAAGCCAAGAAGAGAAAGUCAGAUAAGAAUCCAAAUUCACCAAGAAGAUCCAAAUCCAUGAAACAUAAAAAUGCUCUGCUGGGACUUAAACGGUGUGUGGAGAAUCAGGACAGUUUGUGCGUUUUGCUUAGAGACGAGACAUUCUCUCAAUAACACUGUGGGUAGCAGGAGUCACUCAUAACCACAGUGCCGCACGGUUUACCUUAUCACAGGAUUGUGUGAGCUGAGUUAUGCUGAUCAGUGGAGGAGAUGUGGACUAAUUCUUCUGUCAUUCAGUUUACAUUAGUUUUUUUAUUUUUUUCAUGUUUCGUCUUCAGAAAGUUUUGCACAAUCUCUCAUAUCCUGUUCAUGCAGCUUUGAUGGCUGGUCUCUCAAAAAUGGCACAUCUAGGAUAGAGGAACUUGCACGAUGCUCUCAGGGAGGAAGUUAGAACUCAGAUCAUCAUGUCGGCAGGCAGAAAGAGCCGAGUCGUAGACGCUGGGCCAGUUGAGCUCUCCCAUAAAUAAGGUGCAGGAUUCUCUCUAACACAUACAUUUGCAUGAGUCAUUUCUCAUUCUGGGAGGAUUUUGCAUCCGUUAAUAAUGAAAUUGUUAAAGAUUAAUUGCAAAUCAAGAUCAUAAAUCAGUGUGAACUGUUCCCCAUCAGGUAAUUACUACACAAUGUUUUAAUAUAAUUUUUUUUUUUUUUUUGGAGAAUCAUGAUCCAGUAGAGUUGUUUCCUUUCUCUGUAGUUCAAUAGUCAAAAUGUGGUACAGUUGUACUAUGUUAUAUCACUAGUUCUAUAGCAUAUUAUCGUUAAAAAAAAUUCAAUAGUAAGUUAUUGGUUACAAAGAGAGUUUGACAUAGAUCUCCAGAAAGAAUUAAGUCUUGAGAAUAUCUUUAUCAUUGUAAUUUGUUUUUCUUCUCUCAAUAUGUUUUUAUGUAUUAGAUGUUUACAGUGUAAAGUGUCACUUUGUUUGUAACUGUAUAUAUAUUUGACUAGGUGAAAGAUGCUGCUAUCCUGACCGUGAGCCAUACGCUUAUGGGCAUGUCAUCCAUGUAAUAAAACAAAUCAGAACUCUGAA